AUGGAACAGUCUCUGUCCGUGCUCAUAGUUCUGGUCCUGGUGUGGUCCUGCAGAGGCUGGGAGGCUCCAGACUUCUGUCAUCAGCAACAAUGUCCUCAGUACCAGGUGGUUGGUUCACAUCAGGGUUUUGAGGAGCGUCUGUAUGUUGCCACUGACUGGAUCACCACCAAGGUAGACAGCCCUGAGGACAGUGACGUGAUGGCUGCUUACUCCAGACUGAAACAUUUCUGCCAGAGACAGAAGGAAGCCGGUAAUGAGAUCCCCACUAACACCUGGCCGGCACUGAUCACUGUCUCAGAGGGUGAGAACGGUCCUGAUCUGUCAAUGUCCUGGUUUGUUCCGCCGGGUACGACAAAGCCUGAAAACACUGAUCCAUCAGUCACAGUGCAGAGUAGACCUGAGGCCACCGUCUACGUCAGGAUAUUUGCAGGAACUCCAAGUAUCAGCAGCGGUGAAACCAACGCGAAGAUGCUCCAAGAAGCUUUGGACAAAGCUGGGAAAACCUUUGAUCCCCACACUUACACUGGAGCUGGCUAUGACUCCUAUUUAUCUAUUACUCACCACAAUGAGAUCUGGAUCUACCCUGCCUGA